GUUGUUGUUUUUAGCUCUGUGACUGUGAUGCUUGGACACAACUGGAAUUUAAAUCAAGGCCCCUGAAAAGGGAAGCAUUUCUCUUUCUGCCAGGGACUCAGUAUCCCAAACUUUCAAUAGACCAGCCAGUUACACAAACAUGAGACAAGAAUGUCUUAAUGACAUUCACAGAACUAUCACAUAAAUUUCAAGUGAUAUCUCUCUGGCACAAAUGUUAUCUUAUGAAGAAGGAAAAAACAGGAUUUGUUUCUUUAACUGCGUUAUCUUUGGAAUCCUGGAUUUGUUUUUGCUUUGCGAUUGUGACAUUAAACACUUGAGAUGGAUUUCAGCUACAAAGGCUUUAGAAAUAUUUGAUCUUGUAGUCUCUUUCCUCUCACUUUUGGCCCUAAGUAACGUGUCUGUCAUGGCCUGGGAGACCUUUGCAUGGGCUGUCCCUGUGAAUGUCUGGAGCCGCCCACACUGCCGUCUGGCUGCCAGAUGUACUGUAUUUCUCCUUGGCCCCCUCAAGGGUUGGAACUGCUAUCCUGUCACUGUGAGAAGAGAGCCAGAGUGGGACUGAGCAAGAAAGAGAAUUGGACAAAAGCUAAACUUUGGUGGCACAGUAUCUGAAGCGAAGUGCUUUUUCUGUUUAAAAGAUUCUACGAUCAACAGGAAACCAGUUUAUUUUGACAGGAUUAACACAAAGAGAGACCUGAACCCUUGCUGAAAUUAAGAUGCAAAAACCAAAGGAUGUGAACACACGAGGCACAGCUGUGAGACCUGUGCUGUCUGAUUUCAGCUCUGUGCAGAUUAUGGGUACAAGUGCCAGUGCAACGUCCCAGUCUGCUCAGUUUGCACCAACACACCAGGCUGAUCACCAUAGAAACAGCAUGGCUGAGGACAGGCGCUCACUACAGGCGGUGAACAUUCACAACAGCAAGGCUAAGUCCAUCAUCACAAACAAGGUGGCCCCUGUUGUCAUCACAAAAAACUGCAGGGAAGAGUUUCAGAUUCACGACAAGGUCCAAUCUGCCAACUACUCACUGGGAAGGAUAUCUGAUAUGUUGCCUGAGCACUACUUAGUGCUGGGGGAGUAUUUUAUGGCACAGGAUGUAAACAAUAGAGCUGAUGUCCUGAAUACUACAGAAAGCUACGGGGCCCCCAACUUCCGCAAAGUUAAGGGAAACUACCCACUUUUUGGAAUGGGCCAACCCAGCCUGAGCGGUUUCAAACAGGUCCUCCAGAGAUUGCAGAUUGAAGGCUAUGAGGAGGUGAUUUUCUUCUGUGUGAGAGAGGAGCCAGUGGUCUUCUUCCGUUCAGAUGAAGACUUCAUUCCAUACACUCCCAGAAGAAGAGAGAACCUUCAUGAGAACCUGCAUGUCCUGGACAAAGGGCACAGUGGAGAGCAAAUGGAGCUCUCCAUCCGGAAGGAGUUGUGUGACUUUGCCAAACUGAAUCAAAAUAUGUUCUAUGUCUAUAAUGACAUUGAGCACUUUAAAGAUGAACCUCAGCGUGUCCAGAUACUGUCAGAAGAGGAUAUUCAUGUCACUGAGGAGGUCUACAAAAGACCACUUUUCACUCAGCCAUUGCACAGAUAUUACAGACUACCGCUCCCUAUGGAAGGGGCACCAGUGGAGGAGACAUUUGAUGCCCUUGUUAAAAUACUUAGGGAGACUCCAAACCUCUCAGUGCUGCGGGAUAGCUCCAGACCUGUGCCUGCACUGCUCUUCAGCUGCCAGGUGGGAGUGGGCCGCACCAAUCUUGGCUUGAUCCUGGGUGCAUUGGUCUUACAUCACCUGCAGGGGGCCUCAAAGAGCCCCAGCCAAGAGGAAACACAGAGGAGGGAACACAAAUUGGAUUUCCAAGUGAUUCACUUGCUAAUUAGUCGCCUACCUAAAGGUCAACAAGUCCUUAAUGAGGUUGAUGACGCUAUUGCCAUGUGUUCAGAGAUGCAUAAUAUAAAAGAUGCCGUGUAUGAAAACAAACUUAAGUUGGAAGGCAUUGGUGAAGAUUACAAGAUUCAAGGAAGCAGCACAAAAUGCUAUUUCCUGCAAAGAACAUUGCAGAGUCUUGAGCGCUAUCUAUACCUAUUAGUAUUCAAUGCAUAUCUUCACGAUCAGUAUCCAUUGGCAUUUCCCCAGAGCUUCAGUCAGUGGUUGUGUAUGAAUGCUUGGAUCUACAGACUGCUGGCCAGCAUGAAUUGCUCUGAAAUCUCAGCACCAACCAGCCUUAUAACUGAUGGGAUUAGAGUUCUGGUGUCCAGCGAGGUUUUAGUAAUAGACCUGCUCAGUACAGCCAAGGAGAUGAAAGUUGCCAAUUUCAGACGUGUUUCCAAAAUGGCCCUCUAUGGAAUGGCCCAGCCAAGCUCUGAGGCCCUGUCUGUUGUGCUGUCCUACCUGACAGACCAGAGGCGAAGGCACUCCAGAAUUCUCUGGCUAAAUCUGCAAGAGGAGCUUGUGUUGGAGGGAAAUGGACAAAUCUUCACCCCACGAGAACCAGGCUGCCUGGAACAGCCCAUUCCAGUGUGUGUUCAACACCCACAGAAUCUCCAGGAACUUGAGCUGGCACUGAAGGAGAACAUUCUGAGGUGUGAAAAGUGGCUGGAGGUGAUUACAGAGCAGGAAAAACAAAUGAGGAUGUUGAGGAAUUGUCACACCAUAGAGGAGCUCUUUGUCCAUCAGAAGAGCAUUCAUCCAGGUCUCACCUACCAACGGAUUCCUCUGUCUGACUGUUUUGCACCUAAAGAAGAGGUUUUUGACCAGUUGUUGGAAGCCAUGAAGAGCAGUCUGGCUAAAGACCCCAGCUGUGCUUUCGUCUUCAACUGCCUUGAUGGGAAAGACCGAACUACUGUAGCCAUGGUCAUUGCCACUCUCACCCUGUGGCACAUUAAUGGCUUUCCUGAGUGUGGAGAGGAGGAGAUUGUAAGUGUUCCAGAUGCCAAGUACACCAAGGGAGAGUUUGAGGUGGUGAUGCAGGUGUUAAGGCUGUUGCCUGAUGGUCAUCGUGUGAAGAGAGAAGUGGAUGCUGCUCUUGAUGUUGUCAGUGAGACAAUGACCCCCAUGCAUUACCAUUUACGGGAAAUCAUCAUAUCCACUUACAGACAGAUUAAGACAGCUAAAUCGGAGGCUGAUGCUCAGUGGUUGCGGUUAAGAAGUCUGCAGUACCUCGAGCGCUACAUUUAUCUCAUCCUCUUCAACUGCUACCUCCAUCUGGAGAAGAAAGACUCCUGGAGGCGAUCCUUUAGCCAGUGGAUGUACCAGGUGGCAGCUAGAGCUGGCAUUUAUGCCAUCCUCAACCAUCUGGGCUUUUCUGAGUUUGAGAACCUUGAUGACCCUCUGUUGGCCAGGCUGCGUUUCCGCUGGCUCCCACACAGUGUCCAUACUCUUCCCAUGAGAGGGGAACUUAUUUAGAAAGAUGCAGUAGGCCGAGCAGACCAAAUGCUGACUCUCACUUCAUAAAUCCUUUUUAUAUUGUGUUUGUUUUCUCUCAGAACUCAUUAAACUUUAAAUAGAAGUGCCAUCUUGAUACAUCCUGUUGUCUUCUGUCCAUUUUUGACUCUCUCUUUGCAGUGCUCUUUUGCAGUGUUGUGUUUUAUCCUUUAAAGUCAUUUACUUAAUUAAUCACUCAUUCAUUCUAAUGAAAGAUUAGUUUUAAUGCUGACCUUUAAAGGGUAUGUUUUCACACUGCAAUUAUAAAAAAUGUCUUGGCUCAUUGCAUAUAACACAUUUAAUUGUGAUUUGACUGACUUUGCCCAUGUCAUUUGGCCGGAAUGAUCAUUUGCAUGCUUGUACAUGCACUGUAAAUAGUUGUAACUUACUCCAUUUUAAAUAUAUUUAGAGAACAGUUUGCUUCAAUAUACCAUUACUUAAAUGUUUUUGUUGCACUGUUUUUCCAUUAGAGCCCAUUUAGGGCUCAACUAACACUGCCAUUCAGCCAGAAGAGCUAUGCAGAGAAACAGAAUGACACAGCUUGAUAAUGAGUGCACCUUGAAUGUCUUCAGACGUUUUCAUAGCAUGAGAUUUCGGACUGUUGACUGAGCAAAAUAACAUCACUGACGUCAUUGUGUUCCUACUUGUUCUUCAGCCUUGAAUUGUAAAUAAAACCCUGUGGCUCCUAUAAACCAUACAUCUGUGUUGAGAAUAAGGUCAAAUGUGUUAUCAAAGAAAAUGGUUAACUGAGAAAUGCGAAUGAUCUUUCUGCUUGUCCAGGAAAGAGUUUGACAAUAGACUUUACCAGGAUAUGCAUAGGAGUUGAAUGUUGCCAGGUCAAAUUUGCAAAGAAAUACACUAGAUGAACCACCAUGUAUAAGUUGGAUUUUCUCAUACUCUGUUGUCUGAAGCUGAAUGAAAACUAAAGUGAAAUUGUGUCUGAUUCACAA